AUGAAGGAUGAGAAUGAAAUAAAUGCAUCUAUAUUUGAACGAUUAUCUAAAGUUUAUCAGAUACUAAGCGGUAGGACAAGAAGGUUUAGGUAUGCUGCUAAUGAAUGCCGUGAUCUUUAUAUCCAAAGCAAGGCUAGUCUCUUAGACGACCUUUUACAAUACCCAAGGAUAAAUAAAGAUAUGAUAACGUUUCUAUUUGUUAAUUAUUCAUUUUCUAACUCGAUAAAAGCACUUCUUUUAGAUGAUCUCAAUCGUCUUCUAUUAGCAGGGAACUUUGAGAUUAUCAUUAAAUCGUUCGAAAAGAUGUUAGAAUGUGGUAUAGUUUCAGCUUCUGUAGAAGAUAAUUUUAUGCAUAUAACUACCCAUAGUGGACAAAUAACAAAAAUCGAAUUGAGAAAUGCACUAGCACAAUUGUUAGUUAAUCAGGCUCUUAACUCUGGUGAGCAUUUGCUAGCAUCUUCAUUUGCAUUGGAAUUCAAAGCUUCUAGUAUUCCUUUGAACAACGAAACCAUUCGUCUGCUCCUUCGGUCACUAGCAAUUGAUACGACUACCAACUACAUCUACAAUUCAUACACAAUUAUUAAGAUCUUAAAUGAAUUCCCUACAAGUCAUAUAACAUUAUCAGACAUGUGUGAUUUACUACUUUAUUUGGCAGAAGGAAAGCAGCAGCCUUUUUUUGCAAAUAUACUUUAUGAUAAAAUUUUACAAAGUUCACUGCUUGAUAAACAACUGGAUGAAGAUUUAAAAACUUUCCUCGAAGCCGCCAUCAAAAUGAUACAGAAAAAUAUAGAACAUGGCGAAAUAACGAGAGCAGAAAAAAUAUGGAACUCAAUAAAGGCCAUAAAAGUACUUUCUACUGAGCAUACAACAGUUUUAAGUAUGCUAAUAGAGAAACUUAUAGAGGUAGAUGAGGAAGCGGCUGGAAGAUUGGUAAGUGAAAAUUUAUCAAUAGAUCUUGGCAGUAAUCCAGAUUUACAAGAUUGCAUUUUGAGGUUCGUCGGUACCCAUACCAAACAUACUGGAACUUUUGAAAACUUGGUAAAGCAAUUAAAGCCACCAUUAAGACGACUGACAUUAUCGCUGUUAUUUGAAGCUUUUUUGCUGCAAAAUAAUGAAUCUGGAGCAGAGAAGAUUUUACUGUUUAUAUUUAAGUCGGAAAAUGGGAUUAAUUUCUUAGACUUUGAUUCCAUCAUCAAGAAAUUAAUAAAACAGCAAAAAAUAACUGAAUGUAUUAAUAUGCUCAAAUCGACUGAUAUAGAAAUCUCAAAAUUGGGGUAUAUUAGUAUUUUUAAAUACCUUAUCCGAACUUCGAGUAAAGAUAAGGAAGCAUUCCUUGAAGAUUUAUCAAUCCGCUAUCAAAAAUUAGGUAAUGGUGAUAAAUGUUUUAGCUUAUUGACAGCAGCUUUUUUUGACUAUGUCUCAGAAAAUAUAAACAAUCGAGUUAGUCGAAGUCUAUUCACGCACCUUAGCCGAAAUUCACAUGAAGGUAUUUCUCUUUUCCAUGAUAAUAGGAAUGAAUUAAAUCUAGAGCAGUAUUCUUUUCCUAAGGGAUUUCUGCAUUUACUAUCCUUGGACGGGAGUGCUAGAUUAGAAUGUUUGUGGAUUAUUUCAAAUCAAGCCAUAAAAGAUUACGAUUUAAACACAUUGAGAUGGUGUAUAGAAGAGCUAAGGUUUUCUGGUGUAUUACUAGAAGAUAUACUAAGUGUAAUAUUUACACGAGAUCCCGAGUUCUAUAGGGAUGUACUACAAGAGGAGAACUUACCUUUUUCCUUCCAGCAUUGA